CCAAGAUGGCGGCGCGCCGGGGACGGAGAGACGGAGUCAAGCCGCCACCGAGUGGGGGUCCCUGCCCCGACCCUGGCGGUGGCGUCCGCGGCAGCGGUAGGGGAAGUCGGAGCCAAGCGCAGCAUGGGACUGUUGGCGCUGUGAGCGGUGGGGAGCAGGUGCUGCUGCAUGAAGAGGGAGAUGAUUCUGGCUUUGUUAGUCUGUCUCGACUGGGACCCUGUCUGAAAGAGAAGGACUUGGAAACAGAGGGGCUGAUCUUGCAAGAUGAGACAUUGCUGGAGACAAUGCAGAGCUACAUGGAUGCCUCCCUCAUCUCCCUCAUUGAAGAUUUUGGGAGCCUUGGAGAGAGCAUGUUAUCUUUGGAAGACCAGAAUGAAGUGUCGCUGCUCACGGCUCUGACGGAGAUCUUGGACAAUGCAGAUUCUGAGAACCUGUCUCCAUUUGACAGCAUUCCUGACUCAGAGCUGCUUGUGUCACCUCGAGAGGGCACCUCUCUCCACAAGCUGCUUACCCUCUCCCGGACACCACCAGAACGCGACCUUAUAACACCUGUUGACUCACUGGGGCCCGGCACAGGCAGUAGUAGAAUGAAUGGAGUUGAGAUGUCGCUUGCAGAUCCCCCUUGGGACUUCUCUUCACCCUCCUUCUUGGAGAACUCUUCCCCCAAGCUUCCUAGCUGGAGACCACCAAGAUCUAGACCCCGCUGGGGCAAGUCCCCUCCUCCCCAGCAACGUAGUGAUGGUGAAGAAGAAGAGGAGGUGGCCAGUUUCAGUGGCCAGAUGCUUGCUGGGGAGCUUGACAGCUCUGUGAGCAGCAUUUUGGACUUUCCCAUGCACCUGGCUUGCCCUGAGGAAGAAGAUAAAACAGCAGCACAGAUGGCAGUGCAGGCAGCUGGGGAUGAGAGCAUCUCCUCCCUGAGUGAGCUGGUGCGGGCCAUGCACCCAUACUGCCUGCCCAACCUCACCAACCUCACAUCACUCCAGGAUGAGCUUCAGGAAGAGCCAGAUGAUUUGACGCUGCCUGAGGAUUGUGUGGUACUAGAGAUUGUAGGCCAGGCAGCUACAGCUGGCAAUGAUCUGGAGAUCCCAGUUGUGGUAAGACAGAUCCCUCCUGGACCCCAGCCUGUGCUCCUGGAUGACUCACUAGCGACCAGCCCAGCCUUGCAGUUGCUCAUGCCUACACUAGAGUCAGAGACAGAGGCUGCUGUGCCCAGGGAAGCCCUAGGCCCUGGGAAAGAUGGGUUGUCUCUGGAAUCGGAAGGAAAGUUGAAUACAGCUUGCUUGUUGGCGCCCAGCGAGGUCAUGGAGCCAGGGCUGCCCAAAGGGCCUCAGAACUCACCAGAUAAUGCAGUGCUGAAUUCUCAGAGAGCUCGAAAGGGCAGGAGGAAGAAAAGCAAGGAGCAGUCAGCGAACUGUGCAGAAGGCUAUGUCAGGAGGCUGAGGUCAUCCUCUCGUGGACAAUCUAAAGUUGCUUUAGAGGUGAACUCUCAGGCUAGCAACUUGCCUCAGGAGGAACCUCAAAGAGAGGUUGGGCCUCCCCGCAGUAGAGGAAAACCCCGGGCAUGGGCUCGAGCCUGGGCAGCUGCCUUGGAAGAGCCUGGCUCUGAGAACUUGGAGAACAGUACUAGACAGGCUAGUCCUGCUAAAGAAAGUCCUCUAGACCUCUAUCCAAACCUAGCUGACAACAUCCAAGUCAAGUCUGUUUCAGCACAUCACUCACUGGGUGACUCUUCUCGUGCCAGCGUCAUGCCGCUUGAUUCUGCUGAAGCUGAUCCCAUUGCGGUUGACCCUAUUCUUGAUGACUCUAUAGCUGUUGACCCUUUGUUGGUUGUUGACCUUGCUUCAGCCAAAUCAAAGCUGGUUGACCCUCACCCAACAGACCCAGUCCUGGUUGACUCAGAAGCAGCAGAUGCUGCAGCUGUUCACAUCUCCGAUGAUUUGCCAUCGGUGGACCCUAUUCCAGCUACCCCCACACCAGUUGACUCUGUUCCUGAUGACCCAGCUCCAGUUGACCCUGUGUUAGUGAAGUCUAGGCCAACCGAUCCAAGACGUGGUGCAAUGUCAGCUCUGAAGUCAGAGUCUGCAGACCUCUCAAAGGCUGAAGUCAAGGAGGUGUUGGGUCCUCUGAAGGUGGAAAGUGGUAGCAGUGCCUCGAUUCAGGAAUCCAGACCUCGACCUCUUAGCCUGUCUGAAUAUUGGCGGCGAAGGCAGCAGCGCCAAGUAGAGGCAGAAGAGAAGAGUUCCCAUCCUCCAACUGGGAAGUGGCCCAGCCUCCCAGAGACCCCCAAAGGACUGGCAGACAUCCCAUGUCUUGUUAUCCCACCAGCCCCAGCCAAGAAGACAGCUCCGCAGAGAAGUCCUGAGACGACUCCUGAACCUUGCAGCAUGCCUUUGGGUCCCAGCCCUGCUUCUCCUAGUUCUGAGCCACCUGCAAGCAAAUCUGUGGCUUCAACUCCCAGUGAGCAGGUGCCAUCCCAAGAGAUGCCACUUCCAGCAAGACUUCCACCUCCUACUGUACAGUCCAUGUCCUACCCAAUGUCCACUGCUCUGCCUUUCACGCCAGGUGGUGUGGGCGUGACCCCUAUGCCGCCCCUUACCACAAAUGGACAAGGAGUUCCCAGUCUGCCCCCACCUCCCUUGCAGCCUUCUAGUCUUCCAGUGUCUAUGGGGCCAGUGCCACCUGACCCCUAUACUCUCUAUGCCCCUGUGCCACCUUGGCCUUGUUAUUCUUCUGUGUCUCCUGGCUAUCCUUGCCUGCCCCCUCCACCAGCAGUGCCCCUCGUGUCUGGUACUCCUGGCACAUAUGCUGUGCCUCCCACUUGCAAUGUGCCUUGGGUACCCCCUCUUGCCCCAGUCCCACCUUACAGUUCCAGCUGUACCUAUGGACCCUUAGGAUGGGGCCCAGGGCCACAGCAGCCUCCAUUUUGGCCUACUGCACCUCCACCUUCUUUGCCUGUAACUUCUGUUGGGGCUAUUUCUCCACCCAAGUCUGAACCCAACGGCAUGGCACCAAGCCCUUCUGAAAGUAUACCUCCUGGGCUAGUAGCGCCUCCCCUCAGUCUUGAGUCUGCUAGCCAAAGUGUUCCACAGAUCGAGCACCCAAAGGUGGUGGUCAAGCCAGAAACCACAUCUCCCCAUCUGAAACACAAGGUGUCCUCCCCACUGCAAAGUCCCCAGAUCAAGCCUUCACCAUGUCACUCUGCUGAGAAUGUGACUGUUGAGGAGUCUGAGUCAGAGAGGCUAAAACCUGAAACCCAGGAGAUAAGGCCCAGGGAGAAGCCCCAAUCUCCUGUUGCCAAGGCUGUUUCCACACCCACACCAAGGCAGAGCACUGUCCCUAAGCUUCCUGCUGUCCACCCAGCCCGGCUAAGGAAACUGGCAUUCCUGCCUACUCCACGUCCGCAGGGUGCUGACGACGUUGUACAGGCUUUCAUCAGUGAGAUUGGAAUUGAGGCAUCAGACCUGUCCAGUCUGCUGGAGCAGUUUGAGAAGUCAGAAGCCAAAAAGGAGUGCCCUCCCCCGGCUCCUGCUGACAACCUGGCUGUAGGAAACUCAGGCAGCGUUGACACUCCCCAGGAGAAGAGACCCCUAGACCGGUUACAAGCCCCAGAACUGGCCAACGUGGCAGGGCUCACCCCUCCUGCUACCCCUCCCCACCAGUUAUGGAAGCCCUUGGCUGCUGUCUCACUGCUGGCCAAAGCCAAAUCUCCUAAGUCCACCGCCCAGGAGGGAACCCUGAAGCCUGAAGGAGUUACAGAGGCCAAACAUCCAGCUGCAACCCGCCUCCAAGAAGGGGUCCAUGGCCCCAGUCCAAUCCAUGUGGGCUCUGGGGACCAUGACUAUUGUGUCCGGAGCAGGACACCCCCCAAAAAGAUGCCUGCCUUAGUCAUUCCAGAGGUGGGCUCCCGAUGGAACGUCAAACGCCAUCAGGACAUCACUAUCAAACCUGUCUUGUCCCUGGGCCCAGCUGCCCCAGUGCUUUCACGCACAGCUGUCUCCCAGGAACCACUUGAUUACAGGACUAGCAAUGAACAGGCAGAUCCCUCAACCCCUUGCCUUGCCCCAUCUGCCUUGAUGUCCCCUGAGGCCUCGCCCUGCCGGAAUGACACUAGGACUCUCUCUGAGCCCUCAGCCAAGCAGCGGUCAGUGCGCUGUUACCGAAAAGCCUGCAGGUCAGCCAGCCCCUCAGGUGGGGCCUGGCAGGGCCGCCGUGGCCGCAGCAGCCGUUCUGUCAACUCUGGGUCCAACAGGACCAGCGAAGCAUCUUCUUCCUCAUCCUCAUCGUCGUCUUCCUCAUCCCGAUCUCGGUCCAGGUCCCUCUCCCCCCCACACAAGAGGUGGCGAAGGUCUAGUUGCAGUUCCUCUGGGCGAUCCCGAAGAUGUUCUUCCUCUUCCUCCUCCUCCUCCACCUCUUCAGCUUCCUCCUCUUCAUCAUCCAGCUCCCGAAGUCGGUCUCGGUCUCCGUCCCCCUGUCGGAGAAGUGAUAGGAGACGGCGGUACAGCUCUUAUCGUUCACAUGAUCAUUACCAAAGGCAGAGAGUGCUGCAGAAGGAGCGUGCAAUAGAAGAGAGAAGAGUGGUCUUCAUUGGAAAGAUACCUGGACGCAUGACUCGGUCAGAGCUGAAACAGAGGUUCUCUGUUUUUGGCGAGAUUGAAGAGUGCACUAUUCACUUCCGUGUCCAAGGUGACAACUAUGGCUUCGUUACUUACCGCUAUGCUGAGGAAGCAUUUGCAGCCAUCGAGAGUGGUCACAAGCUGAGGCAAGCAGAUGAACAGCCCUUUGAUCUCUGCUUUGGGGGCCGCAGGCAGUUCUGCAAGAGAAGUUACUCUGAUCUUGACUCCAACCGGGAAGACUUUGACCCUGCUCCUGUAAAGAGCAAAUUUGAUUCCCUUGACUUUGACACAUUAUUGAAACAGGCCCAGAAGAACCUCAGGAGGUAACCCUGGGCCCUUCUCCCCCUCUCCCUUUUCUUCGGAGGUGUGCAACCUCCUCCACCCCUCUCCCCCACUUGGGGAGAGAGCUGCUAGUGAGGAGAUGACUGUUUUAUAAAGAAAUGGAAAAAAGUGAAAUAAAAAAAUGUGUUAAAUCAGAUUUUUUUAAAGGGGUAUCUCUUUUUUUUAUAACAGGCAUUGAAAUAUUAAUCUGUAUUCCUAUGUAACAUGGAUGGGGCUGCGGUGUUCGCCCAGUGUUUGGAAUAUCUAAGUCACUAUGCAGACUAAUAAAGAUGAACUA